CUGUCGGUCGACCAUCCGCGCGACCAUGGUGGGGACCCGAUGGUGAGGAGGUGGGGAGUUCGCACGUCGACCGGAACGGCCCCACCAAGUUUUAUCCAACGAUCCGGGAGGCUCGUCGAGGUAGUGGUCCGCGCCCCACAGCCGCGACAGCUCGAAGCGCGCGCCGAGCCGCUGCGCCUCGGAGUAUCGGAGUUGUGCGAGAAAGAGGGACAGAGAAAGAGAGAGUGAGAGGGGAAAAGAGAGAUAGAAUGGUGCAGAGACAGUGACAGAAGAGAGGUGAGAGAGCUCGGAGAGAGCAGCGUGGUGCGGUGGUGUUGUACACGGCGAGAACGACAACGACGACGACGACGACGCGCGUACCCGGAGUCUCUCCCGAGGGCGCCACCCAGUGAAGGGGUCGUCGGCGCGACCGCGUUCCGCCGUUGUUGCACGUCGAGCGAGUUCCAGAGAGAGUGCCGGCGACAGCCGAGACAGUAGCGCGGGCGAGUAGUGCGGAGACCGUCGCGAGUUCCACUUCCGGGAUAAUCGUGUCGCUCCUGUGCACCCCUGCGCGCCGAUCAUUAUUCGGGUCGUGCCGCCGGUGGAUCCCCCGCGGAAGAGUCGUCGCGGAGGGACCUGCGGCUGAGGGAGAUACAGAGAGAGAAAGAGAGUGCCAGAGGAAGCAAGUGCGGGGAGAGAACCUGUCUCGGGUUCACGGGAUAUCGUCCGCGCGCCGCGUAGUUCCAUGGUUCCGGUUACCCCGAUCGACCGGCGUAUUCCGGUUCCGGUGACAGCGUGAGAGGUGAGAACGGUGGUGUAACUCGACUUGGUGCCAACGACUCGACUCGAAUUUCGCGGUUCCGCUGGUUCCGGGUAUCAGCCGGCCCGGCCCUGCCGAGCGAAGCGAGCGUUUUUCCUGCCGGGGUGAUCUCGCAAGGGUGGUGGUUGUACACGAUACGCGACCCGCGCGUACGCGGAACACAAACGCAAGCACGUACGUACGUACGUACGUGCGUACCGGGGAGUGUCGCAGGUGCGGAGGAAACCUCGGGGACAUCGCGGGGAGAGGGUAACCACACAGCCGGGGAGGGUGUCCUCGCGCACUCCUGCGCAACGCCAGGGGAGAAAACACCGUCGGAGUCCUGGGGAGGAGCCGUUCCCUGUGCGCGCAACAUUAGCACCUGGCUAUCGACAGCUUGGCGUUAGCACUGAUGCUCUAGUAUCGGCGUGCUAAGAGAGCGAAAGCGAGAGCGAGACAGAGCGAGAGCGGGACAGAGACAGCGAGAACGAGUACCACAAGCAGAGCAAGAUGUGGCGUGUGCAGGUCGUCGUCUUCCUACUGGCAGCCACUUCCGUCAGCCACGCCAAGGUGGCCGUGCUGCCACACGAUGUCUAUCCCGGUUACGAGGUGACGCAGUUUCGGAGCGACGCAUGUCGCCCGUCCAACUUCCACCUGCUGGAGACCGGGUUCUCCAAGUUCUUCACCGUGCUGGGUAACGGCCUGGUGAUGACGACGUCAGAUCUCACACCGCUGGUGGAUCGCGCGGUCCACCUGAUCGUCCUGGAGGAGCUGGCGAACGGCACGCAGACUCAUGACCUCCAUCUCUACGUCAUCAAUCGCCGUAACAUGCUGACCUUCUCGCACGACCGUCUAGGCGAGGGCGAGGUACUGGAGAACUCGCCAGUCGGCACGUGGAUAGAUGGGUUUCCGGUGCUGCGGGCACGUGGCAGCUUUCCGGUGCACUACAAGAUCCUGCCGGACGAUAACGGCGAGCGUCCGUUCGCCCUGCGCGAGGACGAGUCCAACGAGACCGGAUUCAAUCUCACGUUGAAGAGCCAGAAGCAGGGUGUCCGCGUGGUGACCGCGCGGCCGCUCGACCGCGAAGUCCGCAAUCUCUAUACUGUCGUGAUACACGCGUCCGAUGGUAACUUCAUCAGCACGUCCAAGAUCAGCGGUGUGGUCCACGUGCUGGACAAGAAUGAUAAUAGUCCGGUAUUUGAGCGCGAGCUGUAUGUCUUCGAGAUCAGACCGACCAAUCUGGACACGCUGCACAAGGGUGGCAUGCUGCCCGGCUGGAAGAGAUUCUCCACCGUGGGCAAGGUUACGGCCAAGGACGCCGACGGGGACAAGGUCGCGUACAAGCUGGCCACACGCAGCAGUUUGCUGAUCGUCGUGCCGCAGACCGGCGAGUUGCUGCUCGCCGGUGAACCGGAAGUCGGAGUGGAACAAGACAGCGAGUGCGAGCUGAUAGUGGAAGCGCACGAUUUACGCACGCCAAGUCGCAGCACCGAGAAGCCAGCCAAGGUGGUCGUGAGGUUCCUCACGUCGGAAUCGGACGAUGAGAACGAGAACCGCCCGGAAGCGCACCGGAUACAGAAGCGCAGGGUCACCCGGGCAGUACGGCCGACGAAGAAGGUCGACUUCACAGAGGCGGACGGAAACGUCGAGGGCAAAAUCGCGUUUUACCUUGAGAAGGAGAACGAGAAGGAGACCUACAAGAUCAGGGACGAGAACAAGUGGGUAACUGUGGGCGCCAACGGCUCCGUGAUGGUCAAGCAGAAGUGGGAUUAUGAAGAGUUAGGUCCGGAGAAGACCAUCGAUUUUUGGGUCACCAUCACGAACACAGAGCCGUGUGCGCGAUAUCCACCCGGUGUCCCGUGCCCGUAUUACGACGAUACCGACAAUCAGCGCGUCAUCAUUAACAUGAAGGAUGUGAACGACGAGCCACCGUAUUUCAUUAAUCGGCCGCUGCCGAUGCAGACGGUCGUCCAGCUGAACGCACCGCCGAACACUCACGUGUUCACCCUCCAGGCCAGGGAUCCCGACACCGACCACAACAUCCAUUACUUCAUCGUGCGAGAUCGAACUGGUGGCCGCUUUGAGGUUGACGAGAGGUCGGGAGUGGUGCGCACUCGAGGUACCGACCUCUUUCAGCUGGACAUGGAGUAUGUCCUUUACGUGAAAGCCGAGGAUCAGAACGGCCGUAUCGACGAGAGGCGUUUCCAGUCGACUCCUGAGGAGAGACUAUCGAUCGUCGGUGGAAAACGCGCGCCGCAGUUCUAUAUGACAGCGUACGAGGCUGAGAUACCGGAGAACCAGAAGAAAGACUCCGACAUAAUAUCGGUGAAAGCCAAAUCAUUCGCCGAUCGGGAGAUACGGUAUACGCUGAAGGCGCAAGGUCAAGGAGCCGCGGGAACCUUUAACAUCGGUCCAACCUCUGGAAUCGUGAAACUUGCGAAAGAACUGGAUUUCGAGGAUCUCCGGCAACCGCACAUUUAUUCCCUGAUAGUGACAGCGACGGAGGACUCCGGUGGUUUCUCGACAUCAGUCGAGCUGACGAUCCGGGUGUCCGACGUGAAUGAUAACGCCCCCAAGUUCGAGCUGCCGGAUUAUCAGGCUCACAAUGUCGACGAGGAUAUCCCACUGGGGACGAAUAUACUGAAAGUCAAGGCGACGGACGCUGAUUCAGGAGCGAACGCGGAAAUAGAGUACCUGGUAUCCGACGAUCAUUUUAGCGUCGACUCCAACGGCAUUAUCGUCAACAACAAGCAGCUCGAUGCAGACAACAAUAACGCCUACUACGAAUUCAUCGUUACUGCUAAAGAUAAGGGUGAACCGUCAAAGACCGGCACGGCGACCGUGCGGAUAUACACGAAGAAUAAAAACGACGAGGAGCCUAAGUUCUCGCAGCAGGUUUACACGCCGAACGUUGACGAGAACGCCGGUCCGAACACCCUGGUGACCACCGUGGUUGCAUCCGACAAGGACGGCGACAACGUGCGAUUCCGAUUCGUCGGCGGAAAUACUACGUCAGGCCAGUUCGUGAUCGAAGAGAUCACCGGUGUAAUUCGUCUCCAUGGCAAGGAGAUAUCCCUAGAUCGCGACAAGUACGAGCUGAACGUUACCGCGCUGGACGACGGCGCGUGCUGUCCGAAUGGUGACCAGACCAUUCACACCAGCACUGCGGUUGUCGUGGUUUUCAUCACCGACGUGAACGACAACAAGCCAGUCUUCAAGGAUUGUGGCAUGUAUUAUCCGAAGGUGGAGGAGGGUGCGCCCAACGGUAGCACGGUCAUCAAGGUGCAAGCUACCGACGAAGACAAGGGUGUUAACGGUCAAGUCAAGUACUCGAUCGUGCAGCAGCCUAAUCAGAAGGGCACGAAAUUCACCGUCGACGAGGAGACCGGUCAGGUCUUGACCAAUAAGGUUUUCGAUCGCGAAGGCGACGAUGGCAAAUUUGUGUCCGUUACUGUCAAGGCGACGGAUCAGGGCGAACCGUCGUUGGAGGGUGUUUGCUCAUUUACCGUCGAGAUAACGGACGUGAACGACAACCCGCCGUUGUUCGAUCGUCAGAGGUACGUGGAGAACGUGAAGCAGGACGCGAGCAUUGGAACAAACAUAUUGAGAGUGUCGGCAUCCGACGAGGAUGCUGACAACAAUGGCGCAAUCGUGUACUCGCUGAGCUCGCCCAACAAUGAACAGAAUCUGGAGUACUUUGAGAUUCAACCGGAGUCCGGUUGGAUCGUAUUAAAGAAGCCUCUAGACCGCGAGACGUACAAGCUGGAAGCGAUGGCCCGAGACAGGGGCUACCCGCCCUUGUCGCGAACGGUGGAGGUACAGAUUGACGUUGUGGACCGUGCGAAUAAUCCGCCCGUAUGGGACCACGUAGUGUAUGGCCCGAUCUACAUUAAAGAGAACAUGGCCGUCGGGGCUAAAGUUGUGUCUAUUAAAGCCAGGUCUGUCACACUGUCAAUGCUCCGUGCGGCUCUCUGCACGAACCCGCCCUGCACGCAAUCUCGUGGCAGUAUUGUUCUUGUGCACGUUAAUUGAUAUUGUGUACGAAUCCACACGUUACACGCAUUUCUCAACACUUAUACGCAUACACACACUCAUACACGGACACGCAAGAGCAUACAUUACUCGCAGAGGCAGCGCGCUCGCUCGCUCGCAUUCACACGUAGGCUCAUUUGUUUGCGCAUAUAGGGUUAAAUCGUGGGGAACAUGAUCGGAAUGCACCGGGUAUGCACUUUGGGGGUACGUCUACGCGACAACGUGGAGGAUCCCGGGGGAUCUUCGGCGCAACACGUAAGCAGCAGAGCGAUGGUUCUUAAUACGAACGAUCUUGCUUCAUAGAGUUACAGAUGUAUUAUGAGGACAUUCGAUAACGUGAAGAAAAUUAUUUUAUUACAUUUUGAAUGGAUCAAUCAAAUCAUUCAAGAGAAGCAGAUAUACAUAUCAGCAACGUGUAACUUUGGUGAGAUCAAAAUAAUGGCAGAAAUUAGCACAGUCCUCGCUCCUUUACGUAAUUAUAAAUAGAGAUUGCCGGAAGAAAUCUGAUUCCACACACAGUUCAAUUACCUUUUGAUUUCAUAGCUUAAGAAACAAUUACUAAUAUCCAUUCAUUUGCAAAUUCUAGCUUUCCACGAGAAAGACGUCGCAAGAACCAUCGCUUCGGCUCGCCUCCAUUCUGACGUAUCGUUCGGUUAAAGAGACGCUUUCGACGAGGAUGCACGCGCAAAACGCAUUCACGGUCCAGGACACAUUCAACAUUCAUACACGCGCAUUGAUAGACGGAGCGCUCGUUUCCCGCGAUGCACGCGGCCGUGUGCGAGGUGCCGGCCUCGUUAACGUUUCCUAUUGUUGGCGUUUCGCCUCUCUCGACUUGAGCAUGAACAUACGAACAAGCAAGCGGCAAGCGGGUUAAAUCCGCGCUUCACCGAAUUGAUUAGAUCGUUUCGUUCGAAGCGUUUCGUUGCAUCUCGAUGUGCGGGCAUUUUCAGCCGCUGCGUGCGAGAGCUUUAAUCGAUUGCCAGCUCGGUGAGAUUUAAUUCCUUUCUGUUGCGGUGACGGUGGCAAGAAGGCGCCUCUACACGCGUAUAUAACGUAGUAAAUUGAAUAAACGACGUGACCAAAGGCCGCCUCUCAUCCGCGGAUAGUGCCUCGUAAUUCGCCGAGAUAUAAGAAACAGAAUUGCGAGGAGCGAAGAAAGCCCGUCGACGGAAUCGGCGAAGUUUCUGUCUCGGCGCAUUUAUCAGCGAAGUGCAAUUUUCCGGACAAAGCGCGACUUCUCCAUUGUUGCACGGUAAUCGACACAGGUAGAGAGCCGUGUCGUCAUUAACGAGUUAAACAUUUAUUGUUCGUAGUCCAUUGUCGCGUUGAGGAUCGGCGCGUUAAUUCGCGUCAACGAGAGAAGCGGAUACAACGCAGAUGCAAUCAAGAUAAAUACAGAUACGUCGAUUAUAUUAAUUCUAUGUUUAAUUGUUAAAGAUAUGAAUCGGUACGGUAACGAGUUGCUUUGCGGUAGCAAAUGCAUGGGGUCUUUUAUCUACGAUUUAACAAACAUAUAUAGAGUUUGCGAUAUUUUAUUUCAUGAUCAGAUAAAAUAUUCCAACUUUAAAUUAAAAUCGCAAAUAGAAUGCGCGACUUUGUAAAAAAUACUGCGGAUGAUUCACGCCGUGAACCGCGCGAUAGCGAGCCGACGAAAAAAUUACAGCUGACCGAUGCAAGACCGCACGUCUUUUUGUAGCGGGCUCACCAAAAGCGCGUCGAGAAAAACGUUAGUAAUGGGCACUUUGUGCAUGACGUGCUGCUUUUAACGGCGGUUUCGCGGAGACACAUGGACUUCCAACGAGAACGGAUUGGCUAAUUAUAUUACGUGCACGCUGCACAAGAGGUGCCAGAUGCCACCGUCACGUGUGUGCGCGCUGUCGGUGCAAGAUAGUACGUUUUACUGUAAAUUCAAUAUACGACCCCUCUGUGCCGCGUCACGCAAAUGUUCCACUGGCUUAUCUGGUCGAAACACACGCCAAUUCAAUUCUUCGCGAGUACUUUAGCAGGAAACGGUGCGCGUACAAUAGCGCGUAAUUUACAUUCGCGAACAAAACAUAACCCGUCCCGAAUUUGUUGAGAGAGCACGUGAUGCGCGAUAAAAUUAUAUCUCUCGGAUGACACGUCACUCUCGAAUGGCAUUUUCAGUUCUCGAGUGUCUCUUUUCACGUUUUCCUCCAUAAUCCCGUGACAAUCAAAUAUAUCCGUUAUUGUUAAAUGCAUUAUGCAAUGGCUAUAUUAAUUUGAAAAGAUAUAUCAAUUCCCUAAGGAUUGAUAAUUAAAACACGCUCGAAUUUUAAAGAUACAUAUUUUAUCGUAUACUAUCACGUGCAGUUUUCCUUUGCCUAGAAUGCAAUGAAAUAUCGUUACGUUUUAUACAUCGAGCCAAGCUUGAUAAAUGUUCUCUAGUGUUCAAACGAGAUUGUCAUCGGAUGUCGGAUUCCGCGAGCUGCUAUUAACGCUAGUGACAUUUCCGAGAAUUAAUUUUCGCAAGUGGAGAGUUCACUCGUUAGAACUCUGCUGUAAUAGCAGCAGAAGAGGGAUGCAACAAAACGUUUCAUUAUUCGUCGGUCCGCGAACUUUUCUCAUCAACGUCGCGCGCGCCAUGUAUACCCAGCCGCCAGGUAUACACGCACAGCUUCAACAUCGCCGAUGAUCGCUUCUCUCGUCUCGGGAAUCCGCGAGCAAGAAACGCCAUUAACGUUGAUUCGCGACAAACCGUCGACGAGCGAUGGAUGUCUCGAGUCACGCGUUCGUUUUCGCGCUGUGACUCGAUCGUGCGAUACCGAGUAUCGAUAUCGGAAGUCGUCGCCAGUCAUUUUGUACCCACGACAAACCCCCGCGCCGGAUUUCAACUCGCAGAACUCUGUCCAUCUGUCUACCUAUCUGUCUAUCUCUCAUACAUUUGUUGUGUGUGCCGUAAACAUAUUUUUGGGCAUGUUUUACGAAUAGAUGCUUCCCUGGACUACGUUAUCGAUGAUUUGACCACGAGCGUUGUGCCGUUUUUUCCUCAUUUUCCUUGUCUCAUGCGUUUUUUGUCACUCGUGUGCGUGCCUCGUUUAUCUCCACCCUCGUUCUUUUUGGGUUACUGUGUUUUACACUUAUUUUCUCUCACGCACCGGAUUGGCUUUUUUCAAAAUUUACUUUGGCCCCGUUUUUAUGUUGUGCGUGCUCGAACCUGUCACCCAGUCACGGGUGGAUAAUCGAGCAGCUCUGGCCGCAAAUGAUCGAACAGUUAUGUAUGAUUUCCGUUGAUCUUCCCUCGUUGAUGCCUGACCUCGCAGCCGCAAUCGAGCAUACCCGAGUAUCUCGUAUGUACAUAAAGUUUCGUUUCGUUCCUUCCUUCAUUGUUAUCAGUUUUGUCCAUAUUCGCUGCGACUCAUAUCUUGGUUCGUCGCCAUCAUCGGGGACACGCAUACUCAUCAAUUAGUAUCAAUCAUCGACGUACAUUUUCAUGAAUGCCGUAAUUAAUUUUUGGGCAUGUUUCGUCAGAGUUGCUUACCAUGCGUUAGGUGAUCACGAACGUGCGAUCACGUUUUUUCUGUUAACUCCCCUGUUCUUUCUCUUUUUUGUCUUUUCUUUCCCUUUUCUUCGAGAGCGUAGUGUGUUCUCGUAGUGUCUUUUUGUCGGUGAGAUUCUCUUUUUUUGUUUUUUUUUCUUUUUGUGCGCCGUGCUGUAACGGCAAGUUCAGUAACGAUUUUAGAUUGGAGUUGAUGACAUAGUUAGAGAGCAUCUUUGAUUGCUGGAGUCACCGUCUCGUAUGUCAGUACAGUCGGGCAGUAUAGUAGUGUGCGAUUACGUAUACCUUUAUUACCUCUGCAAUUAAAAUUGAACGAGCAAGAGCAAUUGCUGAUUGUCUUUUGCGCCGCUAUGUGACGCCCGCGGAUCGAAACGCUCGUAUAUCGAAUGGAGCGAGGGACACGCUCUAUCUCUUUGUCCGAUCCCGUACGGAAAAAGAGGAACAUUACAGGGGAACCAUGAAACACUCGAAACGAGAACGAUACUGGCGAUUUCCCGCAUCCUACUGGCGAGUGAGCUGACACUGAAAUUAACUCUCUCCUAUACAAUUUUACCGAUUGCAUAUCCUUUAAUUUAUAAUUUAUGACCGUCGCGGGAGAAAAAAACAUAAUUAUGUGUAUUAUACGUUUACAUAACACUAUAUAUAAUAUUAUAAUGCGGUCUAAUUUGCAUAAUCGUGUAAGUACAGAAUUAACAAAAUUAAUUAUAUAGCCAAAAGAUCUGUUUCGUGCAGGUAAAAGUGUACUGGAGCCGGUUAACGAUAUGCUCACGUGUACAUGCAUAAUUACACACACGUACACAGACACGACUAACAUCGCCACCGCGCACCAAUGGUUCAGGGACUGGUUGUGCACCGACUGGGGGUUGUGAGGUCCACGUUCUAACUCUGCUCUACCUAUCGUAAUUUGAUACACGUGCAACAUUCUAUGCGACAGUCUUAUUACAAACUCGCUUCUUGCCCACACACAUACACACACGAUAUUAACGAGUAGCUGUUAACGACACCGUACGUGCACACACUCACACACCCACACGCAUACCUUCGGACUGAGGAUCACGCUUAUGAGCUGUAACUACUGUACUAACCGACACCGCCGAUAUAUAGGUAAUAACCGUAUUCGCGGAAGGCGAUAUCAUCCAUUAGACGUCGUAUAAUGUCGUAUAACGUGGCUAACGAGCAAUUAAAAUCGGCACCAUUUGUCACGGGCAUGAGACGCGGCCGUUGCUCUCCGAGAACUUCUCCCAAAUUAACGUUCAAUCACCAUAUCGAUAACGAGUAAGAGGAAUUAAUCAGCGCGCCAUGCGCGAGUUCAUUUUGGACCUUCAUCGUGAAUUAAUAAGCGCCGAAUUAAAUCCCGCGGCAAAACUGACGUUUCGUCUAGACGUGGAGCAUGGCUGAUCAGUAGCAGUGCGAGAUCCUAAGGCUGCCAGGUGAGCUAAUAUUAAUAUUGUGCUCGUCGGAUGUUUCUACGAAGCAAAGGUAAACCGACAUAUCUUGUAAAACUAUGAGGCCACCUUCUUUUUGCGACGCGACGGUGUGUUUUUCUCGCGAAAAAUUUCCUCAAAGUACGGAAAAUAUAAGGCAUAGAAUUUACAAGAGAAGAUCAAAUAAAUAAGAAGCGACAAAAAAAUAUCGUAAAUGGUUUAGAUAAAACGGAGCUCUAUAUAUUCGCAUAUUCGUUUAUAAAUUUUAGAAACGCGUUUAUUAGUGCUUAAUAUUCUCAGAAAACUCUUCUGUGUUGAGUAAUUGUUUGUAUUAAAUAAUCGUUUGAGAAUUAAACUCUCUGAUUUUACAUAAAAUACAGAAACGAGAAAGCAAGAUUAAUACAUCGGACUUGGUUGCUCACUUUGAUCGGCGCAAUCGGAAGUCAAAGGAUUAACACAUGCAUUAUAUGUGUAGAGGUUCAUAAUAGUGCUGUUGGUUCAUUCACCGAAGAUGAUGCAAUAUGAUCGACGAUCGUUAGAAUCUUUUACGUGAUGUCGAUUUCAUCGAGCCGCGUCGUUAUACGCCAAGAUAUUAAUUGCGCGUUUUAAAGCUGCUUCGAUCUUGCUUCGAUCUUGCUUCGGUAUUAAUGCUCGGUAUAUAUUCUGCACGUUUUAAGCGAAUUUUAAAACGGGUGCUUCCAGAACGGCCUCGAUAUUGCAAAAAUUAUCUUUCGAUCGGAAUAAUCUCGCUACCCGAUGGCGCCGCAUGGCCCGAUAGUGCGAACCGUUAUUUAUUGUCGCGAUGUGCACGAUGCCCCAGAAUUCCCACCUUUCCUUUUAAUGACGAAUUCUUGGACGAUAUUGCAGUCGACUUCAUUUUGAUGGAAAUGUAAUUGGAGGCCAUUAUUUGCCGCCUAUCCCUUUUUAUAGUAUUUAAUAUUAAAUACCUUCGUAAAAUUAAAUCUUGAAUGAAAUUUUUUUAAAAUGAAUGUGACGUAGAUUUGAUUAAAAUAUGUAAUUUCGCUUACUUGUAAGUUUAGUCUUGAUGCAUUUUAUUUUUUAUGUUAAAUAAGUUCCGAAAAAUUAAAACUCAGCUGAAGGUUUACAUAAUAACAGAAUCGAGCAGUUUAAAAAUGCUAAAGUUAAAAAAAUAAUGGACGCAAACACUCGUAAAUAUCUUCCAUUUAUUCUCCAUUAGUUUACUGUUUUAUAAUCGCACAUGUUGAAUCGAACGCGUUGAUUGUUUGCACUUAAGUUUCGCUAAAAAUGCAUUUUGAAAUUAAUUGUUGAUCAGACUGGCAAACGGCACGAAAAUGCGCGACAAGCGCGUAUGCCAAAUGAUCGUCAUUUUUUUCAUAUUUCUAAAUUGUGACAAAAUGUACCUUUUACAGGAUUUUUAAUGGUCGAAUAUAUCCGUGUGUCAAUAUUACUAUCCAUUCGUGCAACGUAUCGCGUUAUUCCUCAUCAUCGCCGCCAAUCGCAGAAUUCGAUGCACUCGAUUCGACGCAUGGCUCUUGCCAUUCUCGUGGAUAUUUCCGCGGCAAACGUAAAGAAAAAAAAGAUAAAAUAUAUUUUCCAUUUUCCGAAUAACAGUAAACGAAUUACUCGUGAUAACCGUAUUCGUGUUGAUAAUAUUUAUUUAUCGCAUAUCGAUAUGACAAAAACCGCUGGGAAUGCGCGCUGCACAUACAAAGCUUGUUCAAUAUUAAAAGAAAAUUCUCGUUUUUAUUAGGCGUGUUACAUAAGUAAUUAACAAAUUUUUCUUCAUUUCUGAUUGUGAUUUUAUAUAUCUCAUGCAACUUUUCCUGCCUUUGCAAUUAUUUAAAAAAAUAUAAAAUGUUGGAAACUGCAGAGUUAUAAUGAAAUAUAAAAAUUCUCGUUAAACAAAGAAUGAACCAAUUUAAUUCAAUUUGCUAAUGAUCGCGAAAACAGCUGCUUUAAUGUUAAACAUAUAACAGAAAAAUGUUCAUAUAAAUGUGAUUCAACAUUCAAGUUCCGCUGCUCGUCAUUUCUCUCGCGCAACGGAAUAGAUAGUAAUCGCCAGAGUUUUAUGUUAGGCUAGAGAAAUACGGCUGAUGAAAAAAAAUGCUAUCAGGAUUAAUCGUAAAAUACGACGGUGCCACGCCAGUUUUGCCAUCUCCAGAAAAAAAAGGAUGUCAACAUUUUUCACGGAAAAUCCCUUCACCCACACCGAGGAGUGGCAUUUGCCCGCAAUUCGGACGUUUUAUCCCGCACGUUCGAAUAAAGUCGCACGGGGACUGCGAAGCGUGUUCACGGGAAUAUUUCUUCCGCGUUUUUCAGCAGACGUGAGCCAAGAUGCACCAGAGAGAGAGACGUAAUUUCGUAAAAAUCCGAAAAUGUAAAAUCGCUCGAAGAGACUUCUCGCUUUCCCGGGCGAACACGACUUAACAUCUGAACGGCGUUUUUAAGAAUCCCCUCGGAAAAUGAUAUUUCAGCGCCGGGAACUCGCUUUUUCCGCUCGCUUCGCUCCUCAUUACGCGUUAAAGCAAGAGCAGACUCUCGUUUUGUAGAGCGCAUUUCUCGCGUACGAUAUCUCGGUACAGGCGAGCGUUGCGUUUAAAAUGUAACGCGGUGCAGGCUUAAAUAAUCGAGCUCCAUGUACGGAACAUAAGCACUUAACGGAUCCUUGCGUAUUCACAAACGAGCCAGUUCCGCUAACGGCUCGUUCGCGAGGAGGCGAGGGUGGGCAAUACCUGAAGAUUGAAUCUUUUAAAGAACUCGUUAAGCAUGAUGUACAGUGACUGAGAGGUUUGCUACGUUUAACUCCCAAAGUACGAAAUUCAUAUCUUACAUGGAGCUUAGGCGCAUGCGAGCGCGUUUAACGGCGCGUUUGAUUUAAUUUUCAGUUAAAUAACCAUGUAAUGCAGCCGCCGUGGAAGUAUCCCCUUUGAGCGUCUCCGCACAUCGAAUGAUGUACAAAGCAGUCUCAAAAAUAGAUUUCGAUAAUCAAUCGCGAAAGAUACGGUUAAUCGCGAUGAAUCUUUAGUACUUAUGUUGUAUCUUUCUAUUUCUCUCUCAUAAGUAACUCUCUUUCUCUCUCAUAGGUAACAUAAGAGAAUGAUAUAUCAUAUAAUUGAUACAAUUGUAACAAGACUCACCGAGAUGACUUGAUCAGUAAACGUCAGUUGCACGUCUGCAUUCUAAAAUAAAUAAGAAAAGUAUUAAUAAUAAAACAUAUUAGACUUAUUUUAAUGUUAAUGAAUAAAAUGUGUAAUUUAAUGAUUUAUUUUAAUUUUAAUUUUUGAGAACAGUCAUUGAAUAAUACGCUAACGAUAGAAUUUUAUACAAAUAGAAUUCCAUUAGGAAAACAUGUGAGAACUGUCUUUAUACAAGCACCUUGAUAAGAAUAUAUUCUCUAAUAUAAAGAUCAUUCUUCUUUAACUUGGUUUCUUAAACUUAAUUAAAAAUCUAUUUAGCCAAGUUUCAACACUUCUACAGGAUUAAGCUUUUAGAAGGCGAAAGGACGAUAAAAUUGAACCUCUCAAUUAAAUCUGAAUUAAUUCUCACUUUAAUUCGAUUUAUUGUGAAUUAGAAAUGCAAAUAGUGUGAUACCUAAGAUCGGAGAUUAAAAAGUUACGGUAACAACAAACAAAACCGUGCUCAAAAUGAAACUUUUACCGAGAAUAGGUCUCGAGAAAGUCUUAGGUCCAAGAAUUCGUUUUUCUUCCUGGUUCCUACCCACUCGAGAAUAUCUUACGUACAAGGUGUCCCCGAACCGACGGCAAUUUUAAUAAUAGAUUGCUUUACGAAUUUGUAGCUGAGAUGGGGUUCCCCGAAAACAGACUUUCGUGGGAAGUUGUUUGUCGCAGUCCUUCAACUAGUAACGAAUUAAAUUAAACUUCGGUAAUUAAAACCUCAAAUUAACAAACUGAGAACGAGAAGAUCACGUUUCUCGACCGGACGAUAUUUCUUCAUUUAAUUUUCAUCGGAGGCAAACGGACAUGCCAGGUUUGAUCGCAGGUUCAAUUAUCAAAAUUAUGGUCUGCGGUUCCGGGACACGUCCUGCGGAAGCGUCAACGUCGUGCCCGUGUUUGAAUUGACAAACGGCGCUGUCAAUUCGGGGGCGCGUACCCUUUGAACUGGGCAGGAAUUCCUCUCUGGAGACAGCGGGAUCCUUCCGGAUCGAUGGACAUUUCGUGUGGACGUCUAACGGAUGAUACGGCGGCUGUGUACGGCCGUGUGUACACGCGGUACAUCGUUCAUACACGCGGGACAAGGGAACGCACGCACUGUACGCACAUUACACGAACACACGCGCGUAUACAUGUACACAUGUGCAAGAUGCAAUGCGUGCGCGUGCAUACACGACAAGACGAUCGAACGAUCGAACGCGCAUGUAAUAGAGCCAUGCGGUUCGUUCAAUCGAUGAGCUGAGCUUUGGACACGCGAAUAAUUAUGUUGAAUCAGACUGCUUCCAGGAUUAAUCAAAAGGGAGAACAAUCUCACACGACACAAUUGUUUUAAUUAAAGUGAAUUGAAAGCAACUCGUUAUUGCUUGAAGACAUUACUAACAUCUAAUCUAUAAAAUGGAAAUUGAUAUAAUACCUUUUGCGCAUCGUAAGCUUUGCAACUGAUUUGCCCAAUCAUGCAAAAAUAAGCAAAAUUAACGAAAAGCGGAAAUUGAUCAGCGCAAGUGGAUGUCUAACUUUUUCGAUAUUGGGAAUAUUAAAGUUACUUCCUUACUUACUAGUAAUUAAUUCCACGAAAGGAAGUUCAUUCUGGAAUACUGUAAUGAAUCUUAAAUGAUUGAAUCAAAUUUAGCGUUGAAGAAAUUUAAUAAACUGAAAAAUAUUUACACCAAUCCCCGAGUUUCGGAUUGGAAAUUCAUAAUUUUGGAUUCCCAAUGGAUUCUGGUUAAAUUCAUUUAACUAUUUCUGUGGUUGGUUUAUGCGUUUUAGCAAGAUAAUCGAUUUAAUUUAUUUGAAUUAAAUUAGUGCCUAAGUGAUAAUGCGCUAUUGAAAUAAUUAAUUUUGAACGAGAUACCCGGCGAAUCGCAAAAUUAGUAAAUGAAGGCUAAUUGUAAUUAAUGAAUUUUGCGCAACUUUCGUUAAACCAAAACGCGAUAACCGUCCAGGCGAGAUUUUAAAGGCGGAAGUUUACCUUGCGUCUUCUAUCCGGUACUUAAUUACGAAAUUAAUUUAUAUCUCGCGCGCUGCAGACUUACAGAAAGGAUUUCAAUAAAAUUCAGGAAAAUUUAACGCGACGAAUAUUCGGCUGCUAAACACAUGUUGAUUAAUCGAUUCUGCCAAUUACUAACACAUUUUAUAUAAAGCGAACCAUCAAACCGGUUGAUUAAUUAUUUAAUAAAUUAUUAAAGCAAUAUUUACGUCUGACGAUAAAUUACAAGGACUUCCAUUUUCAUUCUGUGUAUGUUUUCGAUGACUGUAUGCUAGUUAAUUUUGUGUUAAUUGAAGUUCGCAGUUUACAAAGCGUUUCACAUAUAUGCACGCAAGUUUUAAUUUAAUCUCGUCAAAGCUACGUAAUGCUGCUUUUCAAUUUUACUCGACACGUUACAACAUUGGUUCCCGUAAUAUACUUCAUAUUUUAUUCCCAGCAUAUUUUUUAUUAUCAUAUUAGUUGCUGCAACGUUGGACUAAUGAACGCAACAGCUGUAAUAAUGAUAACGCGACAUUUUCCGGAUAACAAUGCUGAUAUCUCAUUCUAUCAGAGCAUCCGUUCGCAAUGGAAAUCCUUCUUUAUCUUUUUCCGACAAACGUCCGAUUUAAUACUUUAAACCCCACGGGUAAUGGAAUUGCACUGUGGCAUUUAAAUAGCCAAGAACUUUGCGAAUUUCACAAGUGAACUGGAUACAUUACCGACCUAAAUCUUUCACCGAUGGUCCAUUUCUUCCAGUAUUAGUAGUGCAAUACGAAUCUUUCAUGUCACAGCAGCGUAACAUUUCGGCUAUUGCCGGAUGUAAAUGUCGGAUCGCAUAAAACUCGCAACGGUAACUUGCAAUCAGCUACCUGAUUAAAUUCCGAAUUCAUUUUUAUAAUUCUUUUAACAAAUUCACACAAAACAUGAUGCAAAAAAUGAAUAUAUUUCAAAGUAAAAAAUUCUUUUUUUCAAGAUACACCCAUUUUCCAUUUUUUUCAAAUUGACAAACUCCGCGUUAAUUGUAAUUAGCUUUCAGAUUCGCCGGUUAGGCAAAUUUCGAAUAAGCCACUAUGGCGCACGGGAGUAUAACGUUCCUACGUUGAUUUCUCAAUUGAAUUCGGAUCAAUAAAAUCUCCAGCGUUCAUUAACGAACGACAAUAACGCGCAGUCGAACAGCAGUCUGAUCGACUAAUCACUCAUUCACGGAGCUCGACUCUGCGGCCGUAAUAAAGCACGCGCACCCUACACACAGCACAUACAACGGGGACGUAACACUUCUGCCACCGAAUUAACAGCGGUAACAGUCGAGGAUGGUAAUUGGCCCUCGCGAGCGAAAGGGAAUGUAGCUAGAAUCAGCCAAUUGUGUGCCUUUUGAGUGCGUGAACUUUGCCUAGGUUUACGACCGCCCUUCGUAAAGAGCUCACUGUGUUAACACGUAUCGUAUACACGUAUAUUUAACGUCCACAUAAUACGAUUGUACACACGCGCGCAGAGAUCUGUGUGUCGAGUGCACCGAGUAGGGAAAC